UACAGGGGAGCUUUCUCGAUAGUAAAAAGAUGUGUUCAAAAGUCAACAGGUUUUGAGUUUGCAGCAAAAAUAAUAAAUACUAAAAAAUUAACAGCGCGAGAUUUUCAGAAAUUAGAAAGAGAAGCCAGGAUUUGUCGAAAAUUGCAUCAUCCAAAUAUAGUACGACUCCAUGAUAGCAUACAAGAAGAAAAUUAUCAUUACUUGGUUUUCGAUCUUGUUACUGGUGGUGAGCUAUUUGAAGAUAUUGUUGCUCGCGAAUUCUAUUCAGAAGCGGAUGCAUCACAUUGUAUUCAACAAAUAUUGGAAUCAGUUAAUCACUGCCACCAAAAUGGUGUGGUGCAUCGUGAUCUGAAACCUGAGAAUUUACUCUUAGCAAGUAAGGCAAAGGGUGCAGCUGUGAAACUCGCUGACUUUGGUUUAGCCAUUGAAGUUCAGGGAGAUCAUCAAGCAUGGUUUGGAUUUGCUGGAACACCAGGUUAUCUGUCACCAGAAGUUUUGAAAAAAGAGCCAUAUGGGAAAUCUGUAGAUAUAUGGGCAUGUGGUGUUAUUCUGUAUAUUUUACUUGUUGGAUAUCCACCUUUUUGGGAUGAAGACCAGCAUCGAUUAUACUCACAGAUAAAAGCUGGCGCUUAUGAUUAUCCAUCGCCUGAAUGGGACACUGUCACACCAGAGGCCAAAAAUCUUAUAAAUCAAAUGUUAACUGUUAAUCCAAAUAAGAGAAUAACUGCGGCGGAGGCACUUAAGCAUCCCUGGAUUUGUCAAAGAGAAAGGGUCGCAUCGGUGGUGCAUCGUCAAGAAACUGUUGAUUGCCUCAAGAAAUUCAAUGCUCGUCGUAAACUCAAAGGAGCUAUUCUUACUACAAUGUUGGCCACUAGAAACUUUUCUAGUAAGUAA